CUUCAGCAUUCCCACAAUCUUCUCCAUAGCAAGUAAAUCCAAGGCUAUCAGCUGAUGUCUUUGUAGCGGAACCUACCACGUAAGCAGAACCCGGAAGUACGAGUAAAGAAACUACAAACCACUAUUACAUGUCAAAGGUUAAAGCAUGGCUUCGGUUGGAAAGAAACGCAGAAGCGCGCCAGUAAAACACAGUGCAGCUGACUAUAAAAAAAAAGACGAAGACAUCUGUGAUGUUCGAAACAAAGAUGAUGUAUCGGAUGAUGAUAUGGAAUCAGAAGAAUAUAGCUCGGAUGAAGAAAUAAACGAGGAGAUACAAGUAGAAUUUGAAGCACUUCCACCAAUUGAUAGUGAUUUUAAUGGUAUCAAAAGGUUAUUACAACAGUUAUUUCUUAAAGCCCAAAUCAACAUGUCUGAAUUAAUUAAUCUUGUUAUAUCUCAGAACUAUAUUGGAAGUAUCAUUAAGCAAAGUACCAAUGAUUUGGUAGAUGAAGCGGACGAUAAUGAUGACGAUGACGACGACAUAUUUGGAUUUAUGUCUGUAAUUAACAUCACAGAUAAAAAGGAUGUUAAUUGCAUAAAGCAAAUUAUAUCAUUGAUAACGGAACAAUGUAGCAAAUGUGGUAGUGAAUCGGAUAUCGAUGAAUGUCAAAAAAUAUUCAAUGAUGAUACAAGACCAGUUGGAUUGUUAUUAAAUGAAAGAUUCAUCAAUGUACCCGCACAGAUAGCGCUACCACAACACCAAAGUCUACAAAAAGAUUUAAAAGAUGCCAUCAGGAAAGGAAUGAAGUAUUCCUUUGAGUAUUUUGUUAUGAUCUGCAAAAGUUAUAAAGAAUUACCACCUGAUGAACGAGGAGGAGGUGAAGGAGGAGAUAGAAAAGGCAAGAAGAAAGGAAAGAAGAAAAAGAAUAAGAAAGUAGAACAGAAUAAAAGUGGUGAAUUGCAGUUCUCAAAUCCAGAAGAUGAAUUCUUUUUAAAAGAAGCAGCGCUAUCAUUCAGUUAUCCAAUCUCACAAGGGGACAGUGACUCAUUGUUAGCUGGAUCCUGGUCAUUUGAUGAUGCACCAAUGAAACCAUAUAGGACUGUAAUAUUUGUCAAAAGAAGUAAAAUACAAACAAUUCUAACAAAGAUGCAAGAAGAAUUAUCAAUAUAAAGCUGUUACUAUCCUGAAUUCAAAGUGUCUAAUUUUACAUGGAAUACAAUAUUACUGUAGUUGUCCGAUCCUGGGCAAUCUUUUGUAGGAACGGUCAUAUUUUUGGGCAAGUGCUAGCUUCAAAACAUUGUCCAAGGUGAUCUUUUGGUGCAUUUUUAUCAAAUUCUGGCACAAGUUGACCUGAAACUUCAUUAUUUGACUUGAAGUGAGGUUUUAAUAGGCGAUGUAUUGGACAAAUCAGUAGUGUUGUGGCACCUUUGUACUGUUCUAAUUAUGCUAAUAUUAUUCGCACUAAGAUAAGAAGAAAAUAAAAUUCAGUUUAAAUGA